AUGGCCAUUGCACACAAUCCUGCCGACGAGUACGCCGCCAAAAAAGAGGUCGCCCCUGCCGACGAGCCCGCAAAGAAGAGCGACGAGUGCAGCCCGUUUCUGCUGUCUCUCUGUCUGAAUUCGUUGCCUCUCAAGCUCGCGCUGACGCUCAAGCUCGAGUUGGCGCUCAGGCCCGAGUUGACGCUCAAGCUCGAGUUGACGCUCAAGCUCGAGGUGACGCUCAAGCUCGAGACGCAAAAUCUCGCGUCGAAGCUCAAGCUUGGUCGGACGCUCACGUUUGUUCCGACGCUCAAGCUCGAGUUGCCGCUCAAGCUUAAGUCGAAGCCCAAGCUCGCUUUGAAGCUCAAGCUUGUGUUUACGCACAAGCUGGCGUCGGCGUUCGAGCUCCUUCUUGUUCUCUGCUUCAACCAUACGGAAUGCGGCCAGAGCGAGAGCUUCUUUUAA